AUGUGUCCCGAGACAGGUGAAGUCAAGAGAGAGUUCCAAAACGAAUAUGUCGGUUCAGAAGAAAAGCAGGGUCAUUUCAUUGGCAUCUUUAUCCACGAAAAACAUCUCUGUGUAUGUACCUCCACUGGCGAUCUCUCUUACACACCAUUAAAGUCUAGAAAGCCCGAGACAAAGACCAUCACCAACCUUGGUCCCGAUCUUGAAAUCAUGCGUGGUCAUCCUACACAAACACAUAUCUUUGCUAUUGGCGGUAAAGAACGCGAUUUAUGUAUCUAUGAUAUCACUGCUAUCGCCAAGAGCAAAAAAGAACAAGAAGAUAUUAACGCUGCUGGUCCCAAUAAGAACACCUCACUUCACAAGAAAAAGUCCAACAAGAACGUCGGCUUGAUCUUUCAAGCAAAGAACGUUCAAAAUGAUUUCCUGGAUCUUCAACAACCCGUUUGGAUUCAUGAUUUACAAUUUAUGAACAAGGAAGCUACUUGUGUUGCCGUUGCCACACACCAUCACCAGUUCCGUUUAUACAACACUAAAGAGGCACGUAGACCCACCGUCAAUGUAGAGGUUGGAAAGCAUCCCAUCAAAGUAUUAUCCAUCGGUUCAGACUUCAACCAUGUUUUAUUUGCUGAUACCAUGAGCACCGUCGGUAUGCUUGAUAUUCGCACCGGUAAGAGAUCUGCUCAAUUCAAGGGUUUCAGUGGUGCUGCCACUGAUUUACUCGCUGUACCUCAACCUACAUUUGACGAAAAAGUAAAGGAACCCAUUCUUGUGGCAAGUACAUCGCUGGAUAGAUUCUUGAGAGUGCAUGAAACUUCCACAGUCUAUCGUAAUAUCCUGGAUAAAGCCUAUUUAAAGCAACGUUUAACUUGUGUGGUUGUGGAUGAAGCCUUUGAAUAUCCCGUACCCAAGGUGAAGACUGCUGAAGAGGAAGAGGCAGAGGAGGAGGAAGCCUUAUGGAAGGCAAUGGAACUUACAAAGGACCGCAAGAGAAAGCAUACCUAA